UCGGAGGAGGUGCAUCGCUGCCGGCCGCCGUUCCCGCGUUCGAAACAUCGCACCGGUCCGGCUUGUUUGUAUAGGGAUGUUUGUUCCUAGAUAGUGCGCCCCACAAACCCUGAAUGGAAGGAUUUGUAGUGCUGUGAGACUAAGUGUGGACAACAUUGGAGCAUAUUUAUGUGAAAGUGUUUUGUCGUUUGAUGGUCAGUUACGAUGUUGCAAUACUCACGGUAGGCGGAUGUGGCUAAUGCAGUUAGAUCUGUUUGAUUGGCAAAAGUAAACAUGUGUAUGACAGACGUUAUUAAAGCUAUGUUGCCGUCUGCCGACGUCGCUUUAAUGGAACGUGUAUAACAAACGGUAACGGAAACGUGCAAUGAUUUAGUUUCAGCGAAAUGUUAUGACUUUAACGUUCAGUGGAACAUGAUAUUACCGGAGAAGCGUUGUUUUGAGAACAUAAAACUUUACGAUGAUUAGUCUGCAAAGUGACGAAGGGAUUGAUGCGAGAGUCAAAUAUUGAAAUAGAUUGAGAAUGCUCUUCGUAAUAGAUUAUGAUAAAACAAUUGUAAAGCUAAUUGAUUUAAUUUAUUUUAAAAACCAUGUGGGUGGAAUAAGAGAUAACAAUGAUCGGGCAGUUUUAUGUUGAACAAGCAACAAAACAAUUCAUUAUAACAAUGGAGUAUUGUUUGUGAUUGAGUUUAAGCUUUUUUGUUAGGAAAUCACUUUUUAUUUGUAUACAAGCAAGCGUAGAUAAUAAUUUCGGUGGACAAAACAAUACUGCACGCGUUAAUGAAACAAUAGAUAAUUUGGGCUAGCUCAAUGGGUUCCUAAUUGGAACUAUGAACAGUUUAAGUAAUUAUAAAACCAUUUUAGAUGAAAACGUUCAGCAAAAGUAUCCAUUCAUUCGUAGUAGUGGUUUCAAUGCCCAUUCAAAUUCAAUAAACCGGGAAGAGGUCUUAGUUUUUUAAAUAUCUUUGUUCUAAAGCCCCGAGAUUAUUAAAAGAACUCUGUUGGAAAGUUGGUUUCUAUUAGACGCGGUCCAAGAAAGUUUUCCAGACCAAUUACUUACUACAUAAUUGUUGAAGAAAACUUCUUGGAAAGAAAUAGUUCGGUAGUUUUAAUAAAUAUUUUGUCGGUGGAAUGAAAGACGGGGAAAUGAAUGGAGUGGACAAUACUGGGUCCAAUCGAACAGAUCUCACCCACGCAUCGUGAGACCAUCAAAUUGACCAUUUUAUAUUUACAGUUAUAAUUGAGACAGAAACGAUAAAUGACGGUUAUUUGAUAUUUAUUGAACAUAAAUAUAAAGUGACAAAGGAUAAAGUUUGCGAAAGAAAAACAAAUCCGUUGGAGGGAUUUGGGAAUAAUCCAAGGAGUAAUUUUUGCAUAUAUUGCUCCCAGACUUGAAUGAAAAAAAUACAAUCGAUGCCGUCGCAUUUCGAAAAACGUUAAGAGAUAACUUGAAAUAAGACUGCGUAUGGCCGAAAGAUACAACAGGAGUCCAAUUAAAGCGUCGUCGUACGCUGUUUGGACAUAUAAAAAUGGUUUCAAUAGAAACGACAAAUACAAGCAAGCUCGUGACUUGAAUGCUGACAGUGAGAAAGAAAAGCAAAAUGUUCUUGGAAGUACAGUUGCAGAAAACAAAAACUCAGAGUACGCAGACAGACUCAGCGAUAGUGUUAUAGCGGAGGCAACUGAUUCACUAGAAGAUACAUUAGAAGAUGAGGAGGUUAGAAAAAAUGUAUGGAGCGACGUGGACGACGAACUUUACAUAGCGAAUUUAAUUAAAGAGAGGACUUCAAAUGAAGUGAAACGCGAAAAACGUGAUACUAGUGGUUAUUUAAGUGAUAGUGAUAUCAGUGAGAAGGUUGUGAGUAGUGUUAAGUUAGAUUACGCGAUGUGGGAGAUAGAACCCACGGAUUUGACGGAGUGCGACUGUCUUGGACCUCCACCGGAGUUCCUGUUGCCGCCACCGCCUCGACCACCGUUCCUGCAAGCGGAGUACUAUUGCGGGGACGAUCCUAUUCCAGAUUUGGAGACUUGCGACACGGAACCAAAGAUAGACGCAUAUAACCACAGUGGACCAUCCCUGCAGACGUCGGCGGUGAUCGCACUGUGCUCAAUAGUGCUACUCGUAGGAGUUCUCAUCGGUGCCAUCCUUGUUUGGAAACAUAAACGGAAAGUCACCAAUUUGCUUCCAUCGAAGUCAUCAGCACCAACACAGAGUAGCGGCUCCCAGCGCAGAGCUCCACCACCAGCUCCCUUAUACGAAGACUUGCAAGACCUUCCCAGAAGACCACCCUUACCGCACAGACCUGAACUAGAGCCACAGUUGGAGAUGGUUGAAACAAAACGACCGAACUGCCCGAGCCGAGUGUUUGUGUGCGGUACCGGCGGUACUUGGCGAGGUGGCAACAGCUGUGGUGGUGACACAUGCGGGGCUCCACUAUACGAGGAGCUACCCCAUAGAUCAGACGACUCCUUACACAGCGACGACCAUUUCGCUGAAGACGAGCUCAGCCUUGUCGGAGAAGCAGCGCCAUGUCGAACCUGUUCCAGACCACCAGCUCCACAAUCGCUUCCUCAUCGGCCUAGACAACAGCGAAUGGACAGGAGACCUAAAUCUUUGGAAAGACGACGAGCACAGCAUAGAAUGCAGCGUCACAUUCAUCCACCCGGACCACCUGAUCCUACGGAGUUCCACGAGGGUGUUCUUUUGGAUGCUUUGUUGAGACUGUAUCCCCAAGUUGGAACGGUUGGUGCGAGGCCGCAAGGACCGUUACCAAUGAGUGCUGGAGGAGCAUGGCCUGGCGGUGAACUGCCUGGGAUCGCCUGUUGGCGAGGACCGCGGGCAUCGCCGAAGCCCCCGAGUGGAGAUUCCUCGUUCGGCUCCGAUUCUGGUUAUAGUAAUAAUACGUGCGGGACAUGUGGUACUAGGGCAUCGUCCAGACACCGAUUGUCUGCAGAAAUACCGAUGUCAUGAACGGAAAUGUCGUGUUCUCGGCUACUGAUGUGACGGUGCCAUAACAGUUCCAGUGACGAAGUGAAUGGUGAAGAAUCAAAGUUAAUGUAAUCAAUUUUGCAUUUAGUAGUUUUACUUUGUCUUUCACGGCCUAACUUAUUCAGCGGCCUCAAUUCUCUCAUGCCUUCUGAGACGGUGAACUUAAUCGUUGAAUAUUAGUUACUGUCGAAUAUUUAUGAACCUUAAACGUCUUAGGGACUACUUUUCUACACGAUUGUACAAAAAUUUAUUGCUUAGUAGAAGGUCUGUCCCUGUAGAUUUUAGCGAUACGAUAUUUUGAUGAAAUCGUUAUUUUUAUUAGCUGAUAUAGCGAUGGUUUUGUACAAAAUUCAUGUGACCAUAUUUUUAGGUAGCUAUAGCGGUUUCGUCCUAGUAAGUUUCGAACUAGUCCUUAAAUUAUCACAAUAAUUGUGAACCUUAUCAAGUUAAUGAUUGAUCACGUGUAAAAACAAUGGAGGGAUAAUGAUGUAAAUGAAUUUCUGAAUUUGUAGAUAAUGUACAAAAUUGUAGUUAAAUGAAUUAUUUAAGAAUAGUAAGUUGAAUUUUAUAAUCAUAUCAUAUUAAAGGUACCACUACUCAUUCAAAUAUAUUUAUCACACAGUUUUUUUUUGUUUGGACUAACUCUACUAUCUGAUUUUGUAAUUUGGUGCUAAAGUUAAUGUAUCGAAUUCCUAUCCGUCGAUUUGUUUUUACAACUCUAAAAGUAUUUCGACUCUGUUGCUUUUUAAGCUUUUUAUUUAGUCUGCUUUUAUAUUUCUACGUUAACAUUUCUUUCCCUAUCGUAAACCCAAGAAUUUUGUUUUGAUUGUAAAUGGAAAAUUAUUGUAUCUGCCGUCGUAGUUGGAAAUUGUUUUUGUUUUAUAAUUCUGUUUAUUUAAUUUAAGUAAUAACUAUUUAUUUUAUUCGAUUUUAUUGUUUCAUUUUGUAUAGUAUCGAGAGUUGCAACAAUUAUGUAAUUAAAUUAAUUCAUGGGACAAAGUGUCCGUUUAAUAAAUAUUGAAGAGCACAAUAAA